CCGGAAUAACAGAGUGGAAAUCAAUGACGUCGCUGAAAAUCGAAGAAGGAGACAUACCGCAGCUUGAGGGAACAGUCGCUAUCAUCUCAGGCGCUUCGAGUGGAAUUGGCCUCGCUACGGCAAAACUGCUGGCAACGAAGGGCGCGACAGUCUACAACCUUGAUAUCGACAAACCGGAAGAGACAACUCCUAGAGUUACAUACAUAAGAUGUGACAUAUCUAGUUGGGCAGAUCUACUUGCUGCAUUCGCGACUACAGGACCACCACACAUUGCUGUCGCUAAUGCAGGCAUCGAUGAAGAUGGGACAUAUAUGACCGAUUCUUAUGACGAUCAUGGCAAUUUACUCGAACCGUCGUACAAAGUCAUUGACGUCAAUCUUCGAGGAACCCUCAACUUCAUCAAAAUAUCUCUCCAUUUGAUGAAAAAGAAUGCAAUUGCUGGUAGCAUUGUCAUCACUUCGAGUGCCACUGCCUAUCUACCCGAGCAGACGUUGCCAGUAUACAGUGGAACAAAAGCAGCUUCAAUCAACUACAUGCGCGCUAUGCGAUCGCUCCUUCGCGAUUCCAACAUCACGAUCAAUGCUGUUGUUCCGGCAGCCACUAUUACAAAAUUACUACCAAUGGACCUAGCCGGCCCGAUACUAGCUGCAGGACUACCCGUUAGCACAGCAGAGUUUGUAGCAUUAGCAGUCGCAUACUCUGCUGUUGCGCAAGAGCCACGUAAAGUGCAAGGUUAUGGGAAGGAUGAAUGUGAAUGGAUACAGCGAUCUGGAAGGUGGAACGGAAGAACCAUUCUCACUUUGGGACACUCUUUUACUGAGCUUGAAGAGAAUUUGAGUGACUGUCGAGGUCUUUGGUUCGGACAUGAAAAUCUGGAGAAGACCAAGAUGCAGCAGGCCGCUACAGAUUUUCGCGACGUGCUACGGGGAUGA